AAACAAGAACAGGAAGUUAAGCUGGUUUGAUCGGCGCGGAAAGUACAAUUUCUUCCGGAGCUCCUCAGCCUCCUUUCGCCAUCAAAUCUCCAUAUUCCCGUCUUCGAUCCUACGCCGUCGGUGGUGGCGUUACCUUGACAGCCUCCGAGGCAAGCCCACGGCCUCCACUAGCUCCCCUGUUUCCCCCCUUCAAUAUCUGAUCAAACUUUUGAAGCCAACAACUUCAGUUUCACUUCGAAAUUGUGAAUCAAAAUCUCUUGUCUUUGAAAAGGAGUUGCUUUUGACAAGACCCAAUAUUUGUCAUCAACUAAAAAGCUCAAACUUAAGAUUUUGAAAUAAAAGGAAAAAGAAACCGCUAGGAAAAUGGAGGUAACGGCUAGAGCUCCAGGGAAAAUCAUACUCGCUGGUGAACAUGCAGUGGUUCAUGGAUAUACUGCUGUUGCUUCAUCCAUUGAUCUCCACACUGUUGCCUCUCUUCGUCUUCGUCCUGAUGGUGAAGAUACAAUAAAUCUUCAGCUCAAGGAUGUUGGAUUAGACUUUUCGUGGCCAAUCCAAAAAAUCAAAGAAGUGGUAGCUCACUUAGGUUCUCCAUUUUCUUCAACACCCACAUCAUGCUCACUGGAGAUCAUCAAAUCUCUCACUGCUCUAGUUGAUGAGCAAAGUUUCCCUGAGGCAAGGAUUGGACUUGCUUCUGGGGUUUGUGCGUUUCUUUGGCUGUACACCUCUAUCUUAGGGUUUAAGCCAGCUACAGUUAUUGUUACUUCUCAGCUUCCAGUGGGUGCUGGUCUGGGUUCAUCAGCUGCAUAUUGUGUUACACUUUCAGCAGCUCUGCUAGCUUUUUCAGAUUCUGUGAAAGUGGACAUGAGCCAAAAAGGAUGGUUUAUAUUUAAGGAGGCUGAGGUUGAAUUGUUGAAUAAAUGGGCGUUCGAAGGGGAGAAAAUAAUUCAUGGAAAGCCCUCUGGAGUUGACAACUCAGUCAGCACAUUUGGCAACAUGAUAAAAUUCAAGUCAGGUAGUAUGACCCGAAUCGAUUCCAAUAUGCCAUUGAGAAUGCUCAUUACCAACACAAAAGUUGGGAGGGAUACAAAGGCAUUGGUUGCCAAUGUUUCAUCAAGGAAAUCAAAGCAUCCUGAGGUGAUGGGCUGUGUGUUAAAUGCCAUUGAAUUUAUCAGCGAGGAAUGGUCUACCAUAAUCCAGUCACAUGCUCUAGAUGAUCUUUCUUUAGCCACAAAUGAAGAGAGGCUAAUAGAGUUAAUGGAAAUGAAUCAGGGUUUGCUCCUAUCUAUAGGUGUCAGCCAGGCUGCUAUAGAAACUGUUCUUCAGACAACAAUGAAGUAUAAGCUAGCUUCCAAGCUGACGGGAGCCGGUGGUGGAGGCUGUGUGCUAACAUUUUUACCAAUCCAGCUAUCAGAAGCAAUUGUUGAUAAAGUAGUGGGGGAGCUAGAAUCAUUUGGGUUUCAGUGUUUUGCAGCUGGGAUUGGUGGGAAAGGAGUUCAAAUUUCCUUUGACAGUUCUCCCUGAUUUCCCUCCCCAUGUCUAAGUGAGAUCUUUCUUCGAAUAACAACACUAAGCAGAUGGUACAAUGUUGUAGCUAUUUCUGUUUCAUCUCUGAUUUGUGUACAAUUUUUGGAUGAGCCAAUCCCUAUUUAUCCAAAAAGAAGCAAAGAGCUGUUACAGAAAACGACAAUGGCCUCGCUGUGUCUGUUCACCUCUGUACAUUAGUUGGUAGUGUUUUCUUCAUUGUUUCCUAGUGUCCUGAACUUUAGUUUGUUUCUUCCCCUCUCCUGUUAAAGGCUUGGGGAUGUUAAAACUUUGUUUGUAGUAGGGUGACUGAAAAACUGUGAAAAUUUGCAUGAGCUUUGGUGUUGUCAGUUUCUCAUAUUUGCUGUUGAAAGUUUACAAGCUAAUGCGGUUUUAGCCAUUA